CGAGGCCCCGCCCUGGGGCCGGAGAAGCGAGGACGCUACGGAGCAGGCGCAUCCCGCCGCCGCCGCCGCCACUGCCACCGCCGCCGCCGCCGCUCACCCUUCUCCGGAGCCGCCGCCGCGGCCGCCAUUUGCACGGGGACCUCGGUGACAGGCUCAGCGGAGGGGCGGAGGGAGGGGGGAGGGCCCGCGGAGUCCCCGAGGGCGGGCGCGUCGCCGCCGGCAGCCCGGGCAGCAGCGGGAGCAGCGGGAGCAGCGGGAGCAGCAGCAGCGGCGGCGGCAGCAGCAGCCGAGGCCGGGCGUGCGCCCGAGGCGCGUCGGCGGCGGGCGGCCGUGCGGGAGGCCGGGAGGGGCGGGGGCCGAGGCCGCCGCCGUUUGAUGGAUCCGAGGAUCGCCUGGUUCCAGCCAGAGCAGCUCGGACCGUCCAACAGUCUGUGGAUGCAGAUCUGGGAGACGACCCAGGGGCUGCGCAACCUCUACUUCAACCACCACUGUCACAGCAGCGGCGGCGCGAGCGGCGGCGGCGGCACGGCCACCGGCGGCAGCGGCAGCCCCGGCGGCGCGGCCCCGGCCCCGGCCCCGGCCCCGGCCGGCAUGUACCGUUCCGGGGAGCGCCUGCUGGGCGGCCCCGCGCUGCCCGCGGAGCAGCGGGACUUCCUGCCCCUGGAGACGACCAACAACAACAACAACCACCACCAGCCCGCGGCCUGGGCCCGCCGGGCAGCCGCGGGUCCCUCGGCGUCCCCGGCCCCGUCGGCGUCCCCGGCCCCGCACUCGGCCGCCGUCCCCGCCGCGGAGCCCACGGACCCGGCCUCGGGCAGCAGCAACAAGCGGAAGCGUGACAACAAGGCCAGCACCUACGGACUCAACUACAGCCUGCUGCAGCCCAGCGGAGCGCGGCCCGCGGGGGGCGGCCGGGCAGACGGCGGCGGGGGCGCGUACAGCGGGACCCCCUGGAAGCGGAGGAACUACAACCAGGGAGUCGUGGGCCUGCACGAGGAGAUCAGCGACUUCUACGAGUACAUGUCGCCGAGGCCGGAGGAGGAGAAGAUGCGGAUGGAGGUGGUGAACAGGAUCGAGAGCGUCAUUAAGGAGCUCUGGCCCAGCGCUGACGUCCAGAUAUUUGGGAGCUUCAAAACGGGCCUGUACUUACCCACCAGUGACAUCGACCUCGUGGUGUUCGGGAAGUGGGAGAACCUCCCGCUCUGGACCCUGGAGGAAGCUCUCCGGAAGCACAAGGUCGCCGACGAGGAUUCGGUGAAAGUCCUGGACAAAGCCACCGUGCCUAUCAUCAAGUUAACAGAUUCCUUCACGGAGGUGAAGGUGGACAUCAGCUUUAACGUGCAGAACGGCGUGCGGGCGGCGGACCUGAUCAAAGACUUCACCAAGAAGUACCCGGUGCUGCCGUACCUGGUCCUGGUGCUGAAGCAGUUCCUGCUGCAGAGGGACCUGAACGAGGUGUUCACGGGCGGCAUCGGCUCCUACAGCCUCUUCCUCAUGGCCGUCAGCUUCCUGCAGUUACAUCCCAGGGAAGAUGCUUGCAUCCCCAACACAAACUAUGGUGUUCUCUUAAUAGAGUUUUUUGAAUUAUAUGGACGGCACUUCAAUUAUUUAAAGACUGGCAUCCGGAUAAAGGAUGGGGGCUCAUAUGUGGCCAAAGAUGAAGUCCAGAAGAACAUGCUGGAUGGCUACAGGCCGUCGAUGCUCUACAUCGAGGACCCUUUGCAGCCAGGCAAUGACGUCGGGAGGAGCUCGUACGGAGCCAUGCAGGUGAAGCAGGCCUUCGACUACGCCUACGUGGUGCUGAGCCACGCCGUGUCGCCCAUCGCCAAGCACUACCCCAACAACGAGACGGAGAGCAUCCUGGGCAGGAUCAUCAGGGUGACGGACGAGGUGGCCACCUACCGGGACUGGAUCUCCAAGCAGUGGGGCUUGCCGAGCAGGCCCGAGCCCUCAUGCAACGGAAACGGUGUCACCCUGAUGGUGGAGCCCCCGCAGCUGGAGAAAUGUCACAGGGGCCUCUCGGGCGAGAGCGACGCCCUCGGGAAAUGCAGGGGCAAGACCUCGGAGCCGCUCAGCAAACACUCUUCCAACUCCUCGUCGGGCCCCGUGUCCUCGUCGUCCGCCACGCAGUCCAGCUCCAGCGACGUCGACUCCGACGCCACGCCGUGCAAAACCCCGAAGCAGCUGCUCUGUCGUCCGUCCGCCGGGAGCCGAGUGGGGUCGCAGGAGGUGGCCGUGGAGGCCUCGCCGGCGGGGGGGAAGGUGCAGAGCGCCCCGGCCCCCGCCACACCCAGCAGCGCCAGCAAGUCACAGCACGGACCCGCCCGGCUCUUCCGUUCUUCCAGCAAAGGCUUCCCAGGUACAGCUCCCACCAGCCAUGGUGUCCUGGUGGCAAACAAGCCGCAUCCAGGCAAACCCACUAACCAGUGCUUCCACGGCAAGCGGAGGAAGCACAAGAGGGACGCCCCCCUCGCCGACCUCUGUAGGUAGUCGGCGGGGCCACGGACGCCUGUGUGUGCAGUGACCUCACGCCCGGACAGCGGCCCGGGGCCUCCCGGGACCGUUCAGGAGCCUGGCGCCGGCCACGUGUUGAUUGAGCGACUGUGUUUUCCCGGCUCGUCACGGACGGAUCAUGAAGACUGACGGCGGCAAAAGCCAAACGCACGCCAACGGGGCGGCUGCUCGUUCGAUCAGUCAUUUGCUGCAACAGGGUCGUUUCGGGUCCCAAGCCUGAAUGUAAAGUAGGUCUGUUUCUCCGGCUUCAUGCAGAGCCAGGGAGCAGGCGGGGGGCGGGGGAGGAGAACAGGCCUCAUAGGAAGCCCAGAUUCCCAGGGGGAAGUGGUCUGUGCAUGUGUUUUUUAAAUAUUUUUGCAUAUAUUUACCAUUUUAUUGUGUGUAUAUAUAGAUGACCACAUAGGAAAUCGAUAUUUGUAAUAGUGGAUUUGUUAAGACUUUUUACAUAACAUUACUGUUUAAAUUGUAAACAGAUUUUUCUCAGGAUUAGUUUGCAAAAUAAUCUGAAUUGUCAUCCUAACACCCACGCGUAGGGACGUGACUCGCUCUCGCACUCGACUCUCUGUGUUGAAUGACCUAGUGGGGCCCCCAGGACCGGCCGCCGCGAGCACGUCUCCUCCCUCGAGUAAAGGUUCUUAUGGUGGCAAAUGACAUUGAUUUUAUUUUGUACAAACAAAUAUAUAUCCGUACUAUGUACUUUCGUGUCAACACUGAACAGCUCGCUCAUCUCCGAACGUGAACUGGCACCCGCGCCCUAUCGUGCUGUCGGCUGGGCAGUGGGCAGGUAUGAGAUUCCAUGUUUGUUUCCUCUGCGGUUUUUUUUUUAACUUGUGAUCGGGUGAGAGGCCACAUGUCCGUCCCCCACCUGCCGCCCGAGCCCCGGCUGCGGACUCUGCACGCGGCGCCUCCCGCUCGGGCUCUGCGCCUGCCUGUCUCUCAUCUCUUUUUUAAAGCUCAUGCUCCCAUGGGAGGGAACACCUACCUGAAAGCUUUAAGUAAAUCACACGGACAAAAGCUAUUUUCUUAUAUCCACUUGAUGCUUUUGGUAUUGUCGAUCUUUCCAAACGAAAUGGUCUUUGAUAAUGGUCUGUUUUGUAUUGCCUCACGAAGACCAAAUACUUCUUGUCCUCCCAGUCUUCCGCCUCCUCCCAUGGGAUUGUUAUCUUGAAUUAAAACGUUUUUAAACAUUGGCUUGUUUCAAUCACACUGUACCUGUCGGUGGUGGUCAGCUUCGGGUGCAGACAAGAUGUAUAUUCUGUCACGCGUCACACGUUGAGUUUGGGAAUAUUUACUGUGAUCAAAUGAAUGUAAGUGAAUUUUUGAAAUCGCUGUCUGUAGGUGGAAGCGCUCAUGUCUAGAAUCAGUGUGUGUGGCUCUGUCCAUGACAGCCAUGUCUGAGAUGAGAUUGUUUUAUGUAUACAUAUAUGCACACGUAUGAAGUACUGUCGGUUUUUAGGAGUUUCUUUUAUUCGCACUAAUGAAAUACCGAAGACCAAUCAGACCAUGAAUGGACACUGAGUGCAACUUUUUAUAAAGAAAAUAAUGCGAAAGUCAGACCAGAACCGAUGUCAUCCCUGAAAUCAACCAUUUCCAACGUGUUCGUUAUUUUAAUUCACAACCGAAAAACGUGUUCCAGAACUGGAGACUCCAACGUCGUGCGAACCAUGUGACUUUCGAUGUGAUGUUACCUUGACAAUGUUUUAAAUUUGAAGGUGCCCAUUUGAUUCCGAUCAGGGUUUUUUAACAAGGGUGUCGAGCUGCUGUUUGUUCUUUGAAACUAGUUUUGUCAUGACCUGUCGUGUGCAUAAUCACAGUAUUUAUUUCCUAGGACUGUUGCGAAUGUGUAGACUCCGGUUUACCGCUAAGGGAACAAUUAUUUAUACAAUAAAUGGAAUUCAGUGUUAGCUGCCCACUGCGGACCCUCAGUACCUGCGGAGACCCGUGUGCCGUCGGCCGCACUGGUUUCUCUCACAGAAUCGCCCUCGUUGUCGACCGUGAACGUCCUCUUGGGGUGCGGACAGGCGCGCCCCACAAGCAUGUGAUUGUUUGCAAGGUGGUGAUCGCGGGAAGAUAAUCUUGAUUCCAUUGGGAAUCUUAGGUUUUCGUACAUUUAUUGGGAAAAUCGUUUUUCCUGGACUGCUGAUGUUUCUUUUUGGUAAACAGUGUCUUUCUAAAAGAGAGAGAAAGCAUGAAGGAGAACCUGAGGCGUGUGCAUUUCCUCCAACGACCAGCACUGUUCUCGUGAAUACUGUGUACCUUGCAGCGAACGGCGUCGGCGCUGUUCCUUGUUCAAUCUAAGUAAAAGACUUUGAAGACGCUCA